AUGUUUAUGGACACGGAGACAUACGAGGAAAAAGCCGUCCCAAGAGCGGUCAUGGGACAGCUCGGCGACUGGCUCACCGAAGGCGUGAACGUCUACAUCGAGGAAGAUUACGAUGGCAAGCCGAUCUUUGCCAGGCUCGAGCCGGGCACCGAACUCAUCGCGGAGGUCGAGAUCGCCCAGGGCAGCACUGGCCGGUCGGACGGCGACCAGCAGGUAACGUACACGAACGGCGUGACGCAGGCUGCGCCGGCGUACAUCAAAGCAGGCGAUAAGGUCCUGAUCAACCAAAGGGACACUUUGAGUUCUGCUUCCAGAAGCGGCUCUAGACGGCGCGCCGCGAGAAUCGAUGCCAACCGCCCGGGUUGCAGUUUCCCUCUUGGGGCUCCAGGGUUGCCACAGCCAGAACAUCAUUACUCCCCAUACCGGUGA